AGGAACCAAACUUUGAAAUACGGAGUAAACUGCUUUGCAUGUACUUUUCUGCCCUUUGAGAUGCCAGAAGCAAUUUCCUCUGGAAGCUGACUUCCUUUCUGGAAAUGAUUUUCGUCUCCAACCAUGUUGAGGCUCUUUUCUCAUUCCCUCAUUCUGACUAAGUUGCUUUUUUCCCCUUUGCUCGGCUCCCGCGCUUGAGUAGAAGUUGUGGAGAUCUUGCCAUGGGGUGCGGACUGAGGAAGCUGGAAGACCCAGAUGAUAGCAGCCCUGGAAAAAUCUUUUCUACGUUGAAGAGACCACAAGUUGAAACAAAGACAGAUUCUGCGUAUGAAUAUGUAUUGCUGGAUUUUACUUUAGAAGCUUCCUCAAAUCCAGAAGUUAUCCAGAUCGGUUCUGUGGUGGAUAUCGCAUCCAAGGUGGAAGAAUAUUACAGCAAGGGGUAUGUUGUGGGAGCUGUUCAUCCCGUUAUCCUGCCCGUUGGCCACAGAAGGAACUUCUCUGCAAGUCACAUGUACCGGGUGGUGCUGUCACGCUUGAAAUUGAGCCAGAAGCAGGCGGCACCCAGAGCACAAAGACACCCCAGGCUGGUGAUCGAGGAAUGUCCCUUAACGUGUGACACGCUGACAAACGAAGUGGUGAAAGAGCUGUUAGAAAAGGUUAAUGAAGCUGCUAAAAGAGGAAAGAAGUUUGUGGGCUUUGUCAUGCAGCAUUUUCCUCAACCUAAAGCCUGCAAUGGAAGCAGCGCAGAUGGAAGCGCGGAGCUGGAGUCGACGCUGGGCAGAAGAAACAGAGAACACAGAAGAAAAAAUUCUGAUGAGAACUAUAAAAACUGGACCGAAGGGCCGUUGAGCGGUCACUCAUCUGAGAGCGGCGUGGAGGAGGAAUUGCCUGGAGAAGGGCUGUUCCAGGAGGCGGAUUUCCACUUUGGAAAAGAAGUCAGCCCUGGCAAACCACACAAAGGAGAUGACAAGCUGUUUACAGUCUUCAAUGUUUUUGAUGAUGAUUCUACCUGCUGGACCUACCAGGAAGGAGUUUUGUCUAUGAAAGUGGCAAGAAAAGGGCCAGUUAUUAGUACACUGGAAGCAGACUGGCUGGAAUUAACCACAUUUUAUUAUAAACAAGGAUUGUCCUUAAUUGAUUCUUUUGUACACUGGGAAACUUCUAAAGGGGACUAUUUGCCCAAAUCUUUAGAAGGAUUAUUCAUCUACGAAGAAGAAGGUGCUGGGGUUCCAGGUUCUAACAGGAAAGGAAAUGAUGCAAUAGUUGUUGAACAAUGGACAGUCAUCGAGGGGUGUGAAAUUAAAACAGAUUACGGACCUUUACUGCACACGCUGGCUGAGUUUGGAUGGCUCCUGACCUGCGUCCUGCCCACACCGAUUGUUCGACAUGACAGUGAAGGAAACCUGGCCACAAAGCAGGUUGUUUUUCUUCAGAGACCUGUUAUGUGGAAUUCCACUGUCCAGACGCCAGAUAAGAAAUCCUUAAGACAAGUGCUUGGGGAGGAAAGAGGCCAAGUGUCCAGCAGAGGUGUCGGAUCAGACACAGCCGCUUCUCACCCUGGAGAAACGGGCCCCCCGGGGGAUGAGUUUCACCUCUCUGCUCCCAAACAGUGUUGGAUCAGGGAGGGAUCCUCGCACUACGGGGGUUUUCCAGGGUUCAGUACCAGCGACGGAGCGUUAAGGGAACUGGAUGAUGGACAAUUUGACCAGGAAGAUGGAGUCACUCAGGUCACGUGUAUGUGAUGAAGUAAGUAACUGCAUCAGAUGGACAUGUACAUAAUUCACACAAACGUUCGGUUUGGUUUUAAAUCGUACUACUUUAAACGCGUUGGUAUAAUCCUAUGACUCUUCACAGAUCCUUUUUGUACUUUUGUCUGUUUCUUUGUGUUAAUCCUACUGUAGUAAUAAUACUACUGCAAAAUAAUUUGCUUUUCUGUCUCUCUUUGAUAGAAUAACUACAUGACUGGGUGCUCUGCUAACUUGUUAAUGCUUUUGACAAGCAAGAAAGCAAAUGCUGCAGAACAGCGACAGUUUGAAUUGUGUAAGAGAGAAAGGAAUGAGGAUGUUUAGUAUUUUCCACAAGCUGGAGGACUGUGUGUGUGUGUGUGUUGGUUUUUGGUGUGUUUGCUUGUUUUGCAUUUCUUUAAGGGUGUUGUAAAUAUUGCUGGGGGGAAAAAUUUAACUAUCUAAGUUUCAAUGUAAUUUUCACUUUCCUUGCAUAAAUUGAAGUCCUGGAGAAACGUAA